CAGCGCCUGCGCGGUCGGGCCCCGGACGCGGCGGCGGAGGCGGCGAUGGAAACGGCCGAGCCGCUCAGCGACCUGGUGUCCGCCGAGGGCCGAAACCGGAAGGCGGUGCUGUGCCAGCGCUGCGGCUCCCGGGUGCUGCAGCCCGGGGCCGCGCUCUUCUCCCGCCGGCAGCUUUUCCUUCCCUCCAUGAGAAAGAAGCCGGCUCUGGCUGACGGCAGCAAUCCUGAUGGCGAUCUCCUCCAGGAACACUGGCUGGUUGACGACAUGUUCAUCUUCGAGAACGUGGGCUUCACCAAGGACGUGGGCAACAUCAAAUUUCUGGUGUGCGCAGACUGUGAAAUCGGACCGAUUGGCUGGCAUUGCCUGGAUGACAAGAACAGUUUCUAUGUGGCCUUGGAACGGGUUUCCCAUGAGUAACUGAGGGGAGGGGGACUCGGCUCCACCGCCACCUAUAAAGGCUGCUCCCCUCAAGAACUGGCAUUCAACCUGGUGUAACUGUGCUGCUGCCCCUUCUCUGUACUAAUGUAAAUGAUGAGUAUCAGCACGUCCGGUUGAACAUGCAUAGGGCUGAUCCCGCGUCCCUAAAGCCUCAAGCGGGCGCCUCUUUCACAGCCCACGUUGCAUCCCAGCAUCUCCUCCUCUCCCUCUUCCCCCAGUGGCAGGACACUGGAACACUUUCACAAAUCUGCCCCCAUCCCUGACAUCCUGCCUGGGCUCUCUGACCCUGGACUCCCUUGUUUCUUGCUCUGUGAGAGCAGUGUUCAGUCUCAGCCAUGAUGACACAGAGCAGACGAUGCUGGUGCUCACAGUUCACACCCCACCUUCUCUCAAGAAAGCAUACAAGUGACUUUGUUGGAUGGCUAGCUUUAUCUACAGUAGUUUAUUCUUUUUAAAAGUAUAGCACUUACAGACUUCAGUAUUUAAACUGCUAAUAGGAAACACAUUACUUUGGACACGUCUGUAACGUCACGUUUGAGAGCCGACCCUCUGGGUUGAUAGUGACUUUUUAUGUUGAAGAUGACUAUAUCCCCUCCUCCCUUCAAAUCUUGAUGUGGUUUCUCUUUACUUUAUAGCCUAUACAUUGAGAAUCAGAUUUUCAACCCUGCCUGGCAGCCACGCCAAGGAAAACUCAGCCCUGGCUUCAAAUCAGGGUGGAGGACGCCCACAUUAUCCUUUGCCACAUUAUCCAUGACUUUACAGGUUUGUCGUAUCUGGGCAAGUAACUCUUCCUCUUUUCCUAGGAAAGACUUCUCUACUGGAUAGCGUCACUAUUUACUGAGCCCACUAAGAAUGGUCCUCAGAGUUUUGGUUCAGCUGGAAUCCCUGGACCAAUCCAGAACACAAAUUUCUGUCCAAAUGCCACUAUCUUCUGUAGCUGUGGGGUUACUCUAACAGUCUGAUGUUAGCAAAUUUGUCAGCCCUUCAAUAUGAUUAUCACUUGUUCUGUCAUUUUUCUUCUGAAGUGACUCACUGUCUUAAAAGGAAUCUCUAUGGCCAGGUGUUGAGUGUCCUCCCAGAAGUCCUACCUCUUAAGAUUGAGGAGAACAUAGAAUUGAAAUAAGGACUAAACAGAACCCUUACAAGCUACAGCCCAUCCUUCUGUGUCUGUUUUCUGCUUGCUCCUGCCUUCUUUCUCUCCAGAACUUUUCUGAGGACUCCCCAGGUAAAUUGUGGGCCUUGGGCUUUGCAAUCAACCUACCAAGGAAGGUGGCUUCCUUCCGCAGUCAUCGCCUCAGUGAGCUGUAGUUGAAAAUGAGAGAACUGUUCCCUAGACAAAGUCAAAUGUCUAUGAUUAUGGCAUUUGUAGUAAAACAACUGUGAGAAUUAUCCACUCAGGUCAGAAGGAACAAAACCAAGUAGAUGCCUCUGGGGCAUGUAGCCCCUUCUAUCACAAGCCAAAACCUACGGAAAGCAUUUUUUUUAGAUUAGACUUUGACUUUUCUUUCCUUUUUUAAUCACAGAAAUAAUCACUCAUUUCCACCAUCCAGAGAUUGCCUAUGGUAAUGUGGUAUAUACCCUUCUUAGUGUUUUUUCUAUAUGUAUAUAGAAACAUGUAUGGUUUUUAAAAACAGAUAAGAGAUCAUAUUGUGCUCUUUUAUAACUUGCUUUUUCCAUUUGACAAAAUCCUGACUUCCCAUGUUAACAGAUAACCAUCUAUGGACACCCUUGUAUUUCUGUACUAUAAUUUACUUAAGCAAUCUACUAUUAGAUUGUCUCCAGUCUCUUAUAAACGAUGUGAUGUAACGUGCAACUUUAUAGUUAAAUCUGGAUACAAACUCUUAACUAUUUUCUACAUUACUAGAAGUAGAAUUGUAGGGUAUGCACAUUUUCAUGGAUUUGCCCUCUUGACACAUACUCUUCAGAAACAGCUGUGCUAAUUCACCGUCCUUCCGCAGUGUAAAAGAGCACUGAUUUCUCUGAAACCUUCCUAACACUGGGUAUUUAUUAUCAUUAAAAUAUUUUGCCACUUUAUAGAAAAAGCAUCUCAUUGUUUUAAUUUGCAUUUAUUUUAUGUUUAAUGAAGUUUUUAUAUACUUAUUGGUCAUUUGUAUUUUUGGUUUUUUUACAGAAUUGCCAAACAUUGUUGCCCCAGUAGCCAAAAAUACCAAGUGUUAUUCUUGCCUUUGCAGUUUAAUUUGAAAGAAAUAAAGGUGUGUAAACAGUAGAAAUUAGAUUCCUGUAUGUCCUUGGGAAGAAUAUGCAAUCUGAAAAAGCAGAGGAGAAUGGAGACCCGACCCUCCUGUCAACUCAUAAGUUAACCACUCAGUGUCUGCUAUAAAAUGAGAAUGUCACCUCUUUGUUCCCCUUAUGCAUAAUGGGCUCUCUGCUCUCAGCAGAGACUUGUGAAACCAUUAUCUGCUUUGUCGCAGGUAGGCGGACGCAGCCCAUGAGUAGAGGAACUUGCGGGUCCUGUUAGGGAGAGCAAUUGAUUUUUCCUAGGCCUUAUUUUUCCUACAAAAUUAUUUUUUAACACAAAGGCAGUGGGGUACUGACAUUUUACAUAUUGUUACUACGUCACGUGCGAGCCUACUCCAGUAACUGUGAUGUGUAACCACUGAGAACUUCUAUUCCUGACGAUGGUGGAGAGGUCGUUCGGACUGACCAUCCCACUGAGAGCAGCCAGAAAGGCCGGACAGGCAUUGGUGAGCUAACGUGUGUUUGAAGUGCUCCUGGACCCGGAGCACUGAGAAGACAGAGGCCCCAAGAAGUGGGCUUUGUGUUACGGGCCGCUCUUCUAUUGGGGGCAUUUGCCAGAUGUCAAAGGGGGCAGUGCAGGGGCUGGUGGGUGAUUGGGACAGCCUUCCAGAAGUAGGGAUCUGGGCCUGUCAAAGAGUGGUCGACCGGGCAAAUGCUUCUCACAUGGGGGUGAGGCCCUCAGUCCCCUGCACCCCAAGAAUAGGGGUGAGCCAGAAGUAGGAAAUAGGCUGAGGGGACUGCAGCUUGGCUUCCAAAAAUGCGAGUCCUUGAAAUUAGAUUAAGUCGAUCCCAAAGUGGUAGUUUCCCAAACCCUUGGCAUAAGCAAGUAAGAAUGCUCUCUGGAGGAAAAUAUCGUCUUUAAUUUCGACUUGUUUCUACAACAAUUUUGCUAAUACCAUAUUCUGAAUGUGACAAAAUGAAAUCAGGCAUAUGAGACAGGAUAUUAAAACCAGUGAGGGCCCCCUGGGCGGCUCAGUGGCUGAGGGUUUGCCUCUGGCCAGGGCCUGACCCUGGGGUCCUGGGAUUGAGUCCCACGUCAGGUUCCCUGCAUGGAGCCUGCUUCUCCCUCUGCCUGUGUCUCUGCCUCUCUCUGUGUGUCUCUCAUGAAUAAAUAAAGUCUUAAAAAAGAAAGAAAAAACCAGUGAAACAAGAGGCCAUGGAAAGAGGCCCGUAGAAGCCACAGAUAGUGGAGCAAUCAAACACAGACUAUAAGAUAACUCCUUACUCUGUUCAAGGAAAUAAGCAAGUUUUGGGAAUUUGAACAGAUACCUGGACAUGUGAAAAAAAUAUGAAUCCUAGAGUUAAAAAAAAAAAUCCAAUAACCAAAAUUAAGAAUUCAGUGGAAGUUUUUGACAGCAGAUGAUGCAUAGCUGAAGAGAGAACUAGAGAACUGGGAGCUAGGAAUAAUUCUCACAUAUUUGCAAGACUAAAACACAAAACCUUAUACAUUCCUGAGCAAUUCAAAGGAAACACAUUUAUAGGGCCAGAAAACUACAGCCCAGAGGCCAAAUCCACUCAGGAUAGCAUCCGAUUUAUUGAGAUUCAGGAGCCUGUGACCUAAGAAUGGUUUCUACCUUUUGAAAUGGUUACAGAAGUUCUUAUGUAGUAUCUCCCAAUUUUACCUCUUACCCCGCAAAGCCUAAAAUAUUGAUUAACUGGUCCUUUAAGAAAAAAAAGGUUGCCAAAUCCUGACUAAUUUUGUAAAGAUGUCGACUUUUCUCCACAAACUGAUGUAUAAAUUUAAUAAAAUCCUGGUGAAAAAAAACAUUUCAUGAAAUUCAUCAAACUGAUUGUAGGAGUUCUAUGGGAGUGCAGAGGACCGGGCCAGCCAGGACAGCCACGGAGGAACACAAGAGGCAGAGUUUCUCUGUUGGACGGACAUUGUCACAAGAAUGGACAAACAGACCCAUGCAUGUCACACCUUGAUUUAUGACAAAAGCAGGGGUGAUGAUUUGGAGGGAGCACAAGGAAGGUUCCUGCAAUGCUGGAACUGCUGUUUUCUUAUCUGGAUAGUGGCUCUGUAACAUAUUAUUAAGCUGUACGUCUUUUGUGCACUUUUCUGAAUAUAUGCUGUAUUUUCAUAACAAGAUUUUGAGAGAAUGUAACUAAUGAUCCUACACAACUCCCAUUUUCCUUUUUUAAGACUUUUUAGGGGCAGCCCCAGUGGUUCAGCGGAUUAGUGCUGCCUUCAGCCCAGGGCGUGAUUCUGGAGACCCGGGAUCGAGUCCCACGUCAGGCUCCCUGCAUGGAGCCUGCUUCUUCCUCUCUUUCUCUCUCUGUCUCUCAUGAAUAAAUGAAAUCUUUAAAAAAAAAAAAAAAGACUUUUUAUUUUGGGGGCACCUGGGUGGCUCAGUAGGUUAAGCGCCUGUCUUCAGUUCCCGUGAUGAUCCCAGGGUCCCUGCUCAUUGAGGAGUCGACUUCUCCCUCUCCAUAGGCCCCUCCCCACUCUUGUGCAUUCUCCCUCCCUCGCUCGCUCGCUCUCCUUGUCUCAAAUCAAUUUUUUAGAUCUUUUAAGAUUUUAUUCAUGAGAGACAGGGAGAGAGGCAGAGACACAGGCGGAGGGAGAAGCAGGCUCCCUGUGGGAAACCCAUGUGGGACUCGAUCCCAGUACCCCGGGGUCACUCCCUGAGCCAAAGGCAGAUGCUCAACUGCUGAGCCACCCAGGUGCCUCUCAAUUUUUUAAAUCUUUAAGUAAUCUCUACACCCAACAUGGAGCUUGAACUUACAACCCCAAGAUCAGGAGUUGACUCAAUCAACUGAGCCAGCCAAGCGCCUCCACACCCACUUUCCUAAACAUUAGUUCUUCCCUUCAGAAUUGGAUGGCACUCCUUUUCUAUUACCUCUUACAUCUAUACACAUUUAAUAAUUAAGCCUUGUCUCUGCUUCCCUCUAAGGAAGAUAAAUUCCAUUAGGGUAGGGACCAAGAAUAUACGUUAUAUGUUAAUUAGUUGAAUUUAAAUAAAAUUUUCAAAAAAAGUAGGUACUGCACUUUUUUUUCCCAAUACUUCUUGAUAAAGACAAUGAAAGCAGAUGUGGUACAAGAUCACACAGCACAUCUGUGUGGUCAUGACCCCGUCUAAGUCCAUAGGGUAAGUAGUGCCAACCUUUCAAUUGUGACCAAGGUGUUUUGUGUUUGAAGAAUUAAAUUCCCAGAAUAUGCCUAAAUAUUUCUAAAUGUUAGAAUUUGGGAUCCCUGGGUGGCGCAGCGGUUUGGCGCCUGCCUUU